AUGCCUCGUGAAAACAAUUCGCAUGUAGGCGAAGGUUUCCGCCGCAUGAAACUGCGCAAGAAGGCCGAAAGACCUUCGAGUUUCUAUAGGGCGCCAGAAAUCCAAGAAAGAGGUAGAAGCUUGAAACGCGACUCAGACCAAGAUGGCCUCGGAUUGGGCAUUGGACUGGGUAUCAGUAUGCCAGACGAAGAAAGUACCCCGGAGAAAGCAGAGUCAGAAUGGCAGGGCGAAGAGAUGGCGGACGAUCCCAAGAUUCAGAACUACGCAUCCAGACAGCCGAGCUUGUCGACCAGACGCAAGACAGAGAGAGCAAAGCCAGCAGAUGUUCCUCGCGCUGAUGAUCCAGUGGCGGCUAUCCAACGCAUGCUUCUGGAAGGUGGAGCAUUGCUUCGAACUGGACGCGAAGAGAAUGAAGGACUCAUUUGGGUGAGUGUGGAUGCAGUGCGCAUGAUCAGAGAGGGACGCAGACGCGAACGCGAAGAGAAAGAGGAGCACGAACAAGAACUAGACCAGUUUGUCGCCAACUUUGAGCAGCUUCAGCACCAGGAGCAGCUCGAAUCCGAGGAGAGCGCCAAAGACUCAGAGUUUGACAGUGUACCGAGCAUUGACGGCGCCCAAGAGUCAAGCCUCAGUCAGACUCAAGCAUCCCAUCGCAUCACCGACAACAACAGAGACAGAUCCAGCUCGGUCGACUCAAACGCCUCGUCGCGCACUGCCUUCAGAACCAGAGACGCCAACACUACGCCAAGACCUGGUGACAUCGAAAUCAACAACAGUCUAGGAAAGAGCCAGUCGUCUGUUGCGCGUCCACUGCCACCUCCUCCCACAUUCCCUGCGGACCUCCUCGAACCUGGCCACCCUGACGACAAUGAAGAGUUUGUCUCGUUGAACGAUCCUUCCAUCAGACACCAUCUCGCGCUUGCCCUUAGCAACAUCUACCACUCUGGGGACAUGGCCGCUCAGAACCCUGCCAUGGCCAACUCGGCUGCACCCUACACCCUCGGAGGUGGCAUGCCAUCAGCCGGCCACCACAGCGAUAUGCAGCACAUCUGGUCUUUGGUCCAAGAAUUGAGUUCGGUCUUGCAACAGAACCGCGAACAGUACGACGAGCUGCAGGACGGUCUCGCGCGUGCCCAGACCAGGCCUACCGAGAACGGUGUUUUGACGAAUGGAGAUGCUAAUGUCUCUCAUGCCCCUCAUGCUUCUUCUGAUGUCGACACGACCGCCCUCCAAGCCCAACUAUCAGAUGCCCUGUCCCGAAUCACCGAACUAGAAACAGAGUGCAAGGAAGCCAACGAAGUCAUCGACUAUGCCGAAGAGAUAGUCCAAAAGUUCAAGCUUCAGAUCGGCGACUACGCACACAGUCAUCAAAGCGCAACCAUUGCUCUGCACGCACACUACAACUCCUUGCUCGAGACAUCGCGCAACGAAACCAUCCAAGCCCAACUCACACACCAAGCCUGGCAGGCUUCAUUGCUGCGUCUGUCCGAAAACCUACGUGGGGCUCAAGCCGCACACGAAGAAGGCACUCUGCCCUAUCGUCGUCGCAUCGCUGCUCUGAAGGAGGAGAACCGCAUCUUGCGCGCCAAAGCUGGAUGGGAACCUGCUAGCGACAGUGAAAACAGCGAUGAUGAAGACGACGUCUUUGACGAAGGUAUCGAGGCCGGCUCUUCUUAA